AUGUCUACGACAGAAAUGGUGGACCUGAUAGCUGACGACGACAUUGAUACGGAAACAUUGCAGGCCCAAAUUAACAUGUCUAUGUCAUUUGCGGAAGAUCUAGUUUCAUCGUGGAUAAAGCCUGCGCACAAAGCUAAUCUUGGCAAAAGUGCAGUCGACGCCCAAAAGUUACUCGAUGAGCAACUACGCAGGCCUCCUAGACUAGGUGUUGGUGCUCCAAUACCAGAAUCUUCUGCAACCGCUCGUGACGCUGUCCGUCUAAAGCAUCGGUUGAUAGGGAAAGGAAAAAAGCGCGCUCCUGAAGAUGAUACCACCCUCAAGACUGAGCAUCAUUCAGAAGACGAAGAAAGAAGGGGAGGGACGGUCAGAAAGAAAAUGAAACUUGAUCCGUUCGCAAGAAGAUCGAAGACGAAAGCGAAAAUCUUUGGGAACUUUGUCACACAAUCAACCAAUCAACCGAGCUCCCCUCACCGGCAGACGGACGGUGGAGAUAGCAAAACCGGGGGUGAUGAUAUGGAACAAGACCGCAACGGUCAUUCCAUACCCUCUUCACUUGAAGCGAGUAAGACCAACUCAGACUCGUCUGCGAAGAAGGGGGAGAAGAAACGGCGGAAGCUAUCUGCUACUGGCAGCGAACGAAGCACGAGCUUCCAAGAGCAGGCGAUCCCCCAUGCGCAGCCUAUUACGAUCCCAGAUCGAUCCGGCAAUCAAAGUCUCUCUGUCAAUCCACGUCCUCUCGGCAGCGAACUGUCUUCCGUUUCAUUUUCGAUAUCCGGUCCAUUUUCAAUGGCUGCUUUGCAUACAGAGUUGAAACGGGAUGGCGAUUUGAAUGUCCCGGAUAUAUCGACACAAUAUCCUGCACCACCUUCGCAAGCGGCUCAACAUCCAGAGGCUCUGCGUUUAACAGUUCCGCUGCUAAACCUUGACGGUCCGCCGGACCGAGGCGAUGGACCCGGUAAGGAUGACAACCCGGAUAGUCCCAAGAAGAAGCGUAAAAGGCGCAAAAAGAAAAAGCACCCUUUUCAGAAUUGA